CUUCAGAUAACUGCUCAGUAAACCUGAGCAGUUUUUUGUAAUAAUUUUUUCGUCAUCAGAAAGUAACGAAAGUGGCUGUAGAAACUUUGAGUGAAUAUCCUUUAAGUGUAGCCAGAAGGUGUGAAUGAAGGAUGGCGAUAUUAAAGACAUGUUGCUGCUGGAAAUCGGUGAGAGAUGGAAGUUUUGCAUGCGGAAUAUACACCAUGAUUUACUAUACAUUAUUUACUACUUUCGGAACUUUUCAUCUCACUCCAUCAAUUGAAAAUAAAGUACUUUUCGUCUUGGGUUUAUUGGCUCUGUGCGUUUCCGGAAUGUGCGUCAUGUCUUCAGCACUAUUACUCGUGGGAUUAUGUGCGGAUAACAGGACUUUUCUAAUUCCUUGGCUUGUCUGUGUGUCCACAGCUACUUUACUGGAUGUAUUCCUUUGCGUCUAUUUUUCAGCUGAAGACGCGAAGGAUCGUUUCCAUUCAGCACUUUUCAUAACAGAUUUCUUCUUCUCAGCCGUAAAUAUUUAUUGCUUACUGUGUGUCCUAUCUCAAUAUCAAGAGUACUCAGCAGGACGAGGAAGACCUGAGGAUUGCAUAAGGAUGCAGGUGCUCAAUAGAGUUCCAGCAGAUGAAGAAAAGGUUCCAACUGAAUCUAGAAUUGGCAAUCUCGUCGCAGUGUCAGAUCAUCCAAUUGAAUCAACCACCGAAUUUCUUCAGGCGCCAGAGUCCAUCAAUUCAUCUGCCAGUCUCAAAUGCAUUGUGGAAAUAUGUCAUAACGAAUCAUUCAGUGAAAACACUACAAGUGUUCUCUCUGCUGAAGGAGCUAAUGAAUCAGUCUGAAUAAUGACUAUUCUUCCAUUUCAUCAUGAGAAAUAAGAGCUGAACAUUGUAUAAUUUCAAGUUUCGAAAGCUUGUCUUUCCCAUUCAUCUUAACCAUCCUAAGGGACUUCAAACCCUAACUGUUUCCAUUACAUUAUCAAAGCAAUUUCCUCCGAAUAUGAAAACAGAAAAAUUGGUGCUGCAUUACCAACUAUUAAAAUACACGUGAUAACUUUUCCAGCGAAAUUUUGAU